AUGCCUCCUUCCGAACAACAGAGCGGCAACUCCACGCCGCGCUUUACGAGCCAGACUACCUCCGCAGAAGAUCUUCUCAAGUCGCAGACCGUCGGUCUGGUCCAUCUUUCGGACUUUCGCAAGCGUCGAGCAGAGGUUCUAGAGCAAAAGGAACGAGAGGCACAUGACAAGUCGCUGGGAAGAUUUACAUCCGGUAACUCCAGAAGUGCUACUCCUUCAACAGGGGACGUGACUGACAGCGAGGGCCCUCCGAAGAAGAAGAAAAAGAAGCAACUCAUGAAAAGCAAACUUUCUUUUGGUGACGAUGAAGAGAAUGAUACCGGUGACGAACCUGUGGCCACUCCCCGCGAAACGAGCGUCCCCCGAUCUGCCUCGAGGACACCUGCGGACGACAGCUCUGCGCCGUCAUCACGGCGUAUCACACCCAACCCCAAUGCACCACCUCCUCCGAAAGCGCUUACGAAGGCUGCACUAAAGGCAGAAGCAGAGGCGCGUGAUGCCCUUCGCAGAGAAUUUCUGGCUAUGCAGGAGGCGGUCAAAAAUACCGAGAUACUGAUUCCGUUCAUCUUUUACGAUGGCACCAAUAUACCGGCGGGGGCUGUCAAGGUUAGAAAAGGCGACCCGGUAUGGCUGUUUCUUGACCGUUGUCGCAAAGUCGGUGCCGAGUUAGGCGUCGCAGGUGCCAGCGGAGCAGCAAAGGGAAGAAAAGACAAUCGCCGGGAAUGGGCCAGAAUUAGUGUCGAUGACCUUAUGUUGGUCAGAGGAGAAAUAAUUGUUCCACAUCACUACGAAUUCUACUAUUUUAUAGCAAAUCAAGUACCCAGCUUCUCAAGUGCUGGUGGGCUAUUGUUUGACUACUCCAACAAGCCUCCUCCAGCAGCUUCUAGUGAUAAUCCACUUUCACGGCCUGAUAAUGACCACUUGGAAGGAGCGGACAAAGAUGCGACGUUGACGAAAGUGGUCGACAGACGGUGGUAUGAACGAAACAAGCACAUCUUUCCGGCGAGCUUGUGGCGGGAGUACGAGCCGGGGCCUGAGUUUGAACAGAAAAUGCGCUCCACGCGGCGAGACGCUGAAGGAAACACUUUUUUCUUCUGA